CAGUAGUCAACGACUAUCAAAGCCAACAAACACCAGCCAGUUUACAAGUCUACUGCCACAAGUACAGACUUCGAAGAAGAAGCUGAGCCGGCACCAGUACCAGUGGUACAGGAAGCUGAGCAGGCACCAGCGGAAGUGGUACAAGAAGCUGAACCGACACCAGUGCCGCUGGUAUUGGCGGCUGUUCCCGGUGGUCUCUCUACAAUAGGAUCAAAUGAUAAUUUCAGGCUUGUGUUGGACAUCUAUAAAAUGAGUGCUGAGAUAAAAUCGAAGUUUCCACACGUAACCAAUUCCCAGCUUGUUUUUCGAAUGAAAAGAGCUAUGCUCGAGUAUCAUCUGAUGUUCCAAAGGCAACAGUGCCGUACCUUAGAAGAAAAAAACGGGUUCAUCAAUGCCCAGCUGCCCAUACCAGACGAAAUUCAUGUAAAGCUCAAGGAAGCUGCACUUGCUAUUGAUCAGCUGAAUAUUGCUCUUCGAGAGCUAGAUGAAGUCGCAAAGCAGCUACAAAGGAAUCAAAAGCUGAAUAGGCUGGUGCAAGUUCUGCCCUUGUUGAGGCAGCGACUGAGACACAUACUGCCUCGACAGCAACGUGCAAAGGAUCGCUGUCCCGAGCAAGUCCAAGCAGUAAAAGUUCAGCCGCAGUCGAAGCUUAAAGAAACACGUCUUCAGGCAAAAGAUUCUCAAGCACCUCAGCAGGAUCAGCAAGAGUAACAACAACCAGCUAAAUGAGGACAUGUGUCGACAGAAGGCCAUUCUCUGCUGCAGCAGCAGCACUGAUACCCACGGGUGCUGGGUCUCACAAAAGACUUCCACGCAGUUAUCUUUCCGCUGCGUCCAAAUGAAUGAGUCCUCGCCGCAUUUGCUGGUCAUCCACUGGCACUGCGUUGGAACCAUUGCCUGGGAAAGAGACAGUGCUAUUGUUGUUCGAGUUACCUGCAGUCCUACAGAACUAGUCCAUGGGGCACAGUGUGCCACCGUUCAUUCCUUUACAGCUCAGUGCUAUGCCUGCAGAGCACUGUUUGUUUUAAGAUUCCUGCAAGCGCCUUCGAAUUGUGAGCAGGCACAUUCAGGUGCAGUGUGCAACACACAGGUGUAUCUGUGAAAGAACCAAUUCAAGCUCCCUCAUGCCAAAGGCUACAUAUGCAAAAUGCAUUCGCCAUUCAGUCUGCUCUGGGUGGAUUGGGCACUCCUGCAGCCACGGUAACGAUCAACAUUGUUGGUAGUUGCCAGAAUUUUGUUAACCAAGACGUCAGCCUCACUUUCCUGUCAUUAAUGAGAUGGCCCAUUGUGGAUUCCUCUGACCAUGGCUGUUAGGACGGCAGGUGGCAAGGAAUGUUCAAUGUCUUAUUGCUGUGCUGUGACUGAGGAACCCUGCACUGUUUCCUUCAGUUAAUGCUAGUAUAUUUGUGAAUUCCAGGACUGUGACUUCACAAGUAUCCUACUGAAACAGCUGGCCUGUCUUUCAGUGCACGUUAUCUCUCUUGCGUGCAGGUUGUGUCAGUGCAACUUUUCUAGAUGUGAUCAUGCGGUCAUCACUGCUGCCCGUCUAACUUAACGUGUAUUAUCUUUUUUGGCAUUUUGUUGCUGGCAGUGACAAAGUUGUGCACUGCAGCAGUGUUCCAUGUCCAUCCACCUAUAAGAAUUCUUUUACAUUCAUGCUUUCAAAAUGUGUGGUUGUCAUGAGGGUAUUGCGAUCGCACAUGUUUAUUUUUUAGGGAAAAUUUAAAUAAAAAGUUUCUUUUCUUGGC